AUGGUGCUGACCACUGAUCCACCAGUCGAUGAAGUUACGGCACCUGAUCCUACUCUAGAGGAGAAACGCUUGGAGGAAGAGAAGGCCGAUGAAGCAGAUAGCGAAGGAGAAGAUGACGCGUUGACGAUGAAAGAGACAGCUUCUACGCGGCAACACAGCGCUGCUCCAGCUCAAGAAAAACCGAUCGUAGAAGACGAUGAAGAGGUAGAGCCAAGUGGAAACACCGUACAAAUGCCAUAUGGAUUGCCAUGCUGUAGAGAAUUGCUCAGAUUUUUAAUUGCUCUCUCAAAUCCGCUAGAUCGUCAGAACACGGAAUCGAUGGUGAUUCUUGGUCUGAACUUAUUGACUGUUGCGCUAGAAGCUGCUGCGGAUCAUCUAGCUAGUUACUCUUUUCUUGUACCUCUUCUCAAGGAUAACCUUUGUAGAUCCCUGCUCCAGCUUCUCGACACUGAAAAGUUGCCAGUAUUAGCAGCAACGAAUAGAGCAUGUUUCCUACUAUUUGAAUCGAUGCGAAGCCAGUUGAAAGUUCCAACUAGAGGCCUACUUCCACAAGCUGAAAGGCAUUGUACUGAACGAGCAGCGGACGACGAGUUACGAACAGAAAGAGAUGGCACUGGAAUCGAUUGUUCAGCUUUGGCGAAUACCCGGCUUGGUCACGGAAUUAUACCUGAACUACGACUCAACGUUUUCGAAGAGUUGACGAAACUAUUGGUCGAAAACGCAUUCCCAAUGUCUGGUCUUCAUGCACAUUCGUUGAUCUCUCUGGAUGCUUUACUAGUCGUCAUCGAUAUGAUCGACCAGAACUGCUUGUGCCGUCAGGCUGCCUUGGGUGCACCACAACCUGAAGCUGACCCUAAAGUUGUAUCUGCUCUACCUCUUCCAAUAUUGAGCGGUUACGAGAUCGGCCAACGAAUUCUGGCCAGUGGAAGCGAUUAUAGCAACAGCACACCAGAAAGAGCUAUUCCUGAAUCGAUGCCGAAACCCCUCUUGCCGAGUGCGAAUCGUCACGCUCCAUCACACCGUAUGCCUUCAAUGGAACAGGUCAUUGACCAGAAGAAGAGGAAGCGGAUAUUCGCUGAAGGGACGGAGCUGUUCAAUCAGAGCCCAAAGAAAGGUAUUGAAUACCUGCGUGAGAAGGGCUUGCUUGAUGCGGAUGCCAAAAGUGUAGUGCAUUGGCUGCGAACGAAUCCUCAACUCGACAAAAAGAAGAUUGCUGAUUAUAUUUGCAGUAGGAAGCAUGCUGAUGUGCUGGAGGCCUUUGUACAAUCGUUCCCCUUCGAGAACACUCGACUGGACGAUGCUCUUCGCAUGUUCCUUGAGACAUUCCGUCUUCCUGGAGAAGCGGCAGAGAUCAGCAUGGUUAUGCAGCACUUCUCUGACCAGUGGUACAAGGCCAACCAUGAGCCGUUCAAUCACGUUGAUGCAGCGUUCACCCUCUCUUACGCCAUUAUAAUGCUGAACACUGAUCAACAUAAUCCAACGGUUCGCCGAAAUCAGCCUCCCAUGACGGUGGACUGCUUCAAAAGAAAUCUCUCGGGCACAAAUGGCGGGGCAGAUUUUGACCCGGAGAUGCUCAUGACAAUGUACAAUGCCAUCAAAUCAGAGGAAAUUGUGAUGCCAGCUGAACAGACUGGAAUUGUCAAGGAGAAUUAUUUGUGGAAGGUGUUACUUCGACGUGGAGAGUCGGCUGAAGGCCACUUUGAACAUGCACCAACUGGCUGGAACGAUCAUGACUUGUUCUCAAUCACGUGGGGUCCCGCUGUAGCUGCAUUGACCUAUGUGUUUGAUAAAUCGGAGCAUGACGUUAUUUUGCAGAAAGCGCUGAAUGGAUUUCGAAAAUGCGCAUCGAUUGCUGCGCAUUACGGCAUGAAGGACGUGUUCGACAAUUUGAUCAUUCAUCUGUGCAAGUUCAGCACAUUGGCGUCGAACUCGGAAGGACAUGGAGAUGACAAUUUGGAAAUGCAGCGGCAGAGAAAUUUGAACGAAGUGACACCAGGUGUUCAGCAUGAACGAAUUGCUGUGGCGUUCGGAGAGAAUCGUAAAGCCCAAAUGGCUACUAAAACCAUGUUCGAAUUGGUCCAUGCAAGUGGGGAUAUAUUGAGAGAGGGUUGGCGCAAUCUCCUCGAUUGCUUGCUGCAACUAUUCCGUGCUCGUCUUUUACCUCCAGAAUUGACGGAAGUGGACGAUUUCGUCGACGAGAAAGGCUGGGUGUCUUUGAUACGCGAUCAUGUAACGGAAACUCAACCGGUGCGUAGCGAAUCUGGUCUCCUUUCAUGGUUUGGGCUUGGCGGAGGAACCAGCGAAAGUGAACGAAAGAAGCUGACUCAGGAGCAACAGAAUUCCAUCAAGCUUGCACAGUCUGUUAUUGCCGAAUGCCGACCUUCUCAGUUAUUCACUGAUAGCAAGUACCUAACAAGUACAGCUCUAUCGGAGCUUUUAAAUGCUUUAAUCCAUGCGAGCCAAGCAGUAGUGCAACAGGCGGAUUCUCACAAACCGGGAUCCCCUCUCAAUGGAGAGAACGAAGAUGCACUGGUCUUUUAUUUAGAGCUUAUAGUUACAAUCUGUCUAUUUUUUGCCCUUUCCGCGUUUUUUGCCAAGCGGUUUUUUUUUUUGGUGUGUGAUACCCUGUCGUUCCUUCUGCGAGAUGCCAUCCAUGUGACACCGGACAAUUUUGAAUCGUGUGUGGCGUGUUUGCGAACAAUGGUCGAGGCGAGUCUGGAUGGUGGAAGGUAUGCGGCUGGGCCACUCAGUGGUGAUGCUCAAAAUCGACUACGGAGCCAUGUUGAUGACCGGGUGAAGAGACCUAAGGCAGCAAAACCUGGAAAGAAAGACCUCUCGACAGAUGUAACAGACGACAGUGAGAUUCGUCGAGAAGAACAACAGUUGACAGCGAGCUAUCAGCAGGUAUCACUGCAACUGCUUGAUCUUUGUUCAACGCUCCACAACCUAGCACCCGGUAUCCUAGCCCAAUGGGCAAAAACCCAGCCAGAAGUUGACGCAUCCGUACCGCAUGUAUGGUCUACGGUAUGGCGACCACUGCUGCAGGCAAUAGCCAGGCUGGGAUGUGACUGUCGACGUUUGGUCAGAGCUUCUGCGUUGACGCAUUUGCAGCGAGCGUUCCUUCCAACGAAUAUGGUCAAUCUAGGAGCUGCAGAAUGGGAGUCAUGCUUUGGCGAAGUUCUAUUCCCAUUAUUGGGUAAACUGUUGGAUGUUUUCUCAGCAAUGGACCCUAUUGGUAUGGAAGACACACGAGUGCGUGCAAUGCAAAUUGUCGCUAAGACGUUGCUGAAUCACUUGACAGCCCUUUCUACAUUGCCAUCAUUUCCUAGCUUGUGGUUGCGAUUACUGGACUUCAUGGAGAGUUACCUUCGAAUAGACAGUUGUGGCAAUUUGAAUGAGGCCGUGCCAGAAUCGCUGAAGAACAUGUUGUUGGUUAUGGCAAGCACCGGACUGUUUGCGUCCGUUCCUGGAUUGCACCAGAUGACUGUUAGCAGAAUGGGUAACGUGCUUCCGCAACUAAUUCGUGACACCCUUCCAGAAGCUCCACCUCCAGUGGCACCGGCUCAACCAGAACCAAAGUCGUUGACGUCAGUAGCGUCAGCGAGUCGAAUGGUGGGAUCGCGAGUUCAAAUAGCGCCAGCAAUACCGUCAUCAGCUGAGGAAUCGUUACCGUUUGCAACAACAACGCCCGCAGCACAGCCAUCAGUAGCACCAGCCGCCUCGGUCGCUGACUCGGCGCCCUUAUCGACUGUCCCUGCAUCGUCGGACCACUCUCAUCCGUACCACGAAACAGCCCCGAUCACGUCUGCCGAUAAAGUUCCUGCCACAGCCCCUGUAAAUAUACCUGAAUUGACGGAGGUCGUAGUGCAUUCGGGUGCGGUUUCACCAGCAUCUGCGUCGUCUCCUGUUACCGGAUCCCUACCACUGAGCACUGCCUCACAGUACAGUAUGGUUUCCACAGCAGCUGACGCCGACGUAGCCUCUGAUUUGACUGCUCAGGCUCCGUCAUCAUCGCAUACCCAAGCUCCACCUCCAGUUCUUCCAAAGCAUCCAUCUCACCAGUCGCAACAGCACUAUCAAGAAGUUUCGUCAUCUCCACCUGUUUCGCAAUCACAGUACUACUCACAGCGACAACAACAGCAGUAUCAACAAUAUCCCAACUAUGCGGUUAAUUACCAUCCAGCAGCCGCAGCUGCUUAUGCACAACAUCAGCAAUACCUACAGCAACAACAUCAACAGUACAUGCCACAAGCGGAUUUGGCCAAAGCAUUCGCUACACCUGUUCCUCCUCAAUACUCAACGUCAACUUCGGCUCAGUCCACCCAGUACUCUGUAACAAAUCCGCUACCUUUACCUUCGAUGCCGCUCAUAGCUUCACCACAUAGUGCAUUCACCCAAGUUUCGGAUCUGACGCAUCAGCAAAGCUUCGUACCUACUCACCAAAAUGCAUCAUUCCACCCAACGGCUCAUCCGCCCCAAGAGCGGCCAUAA